AUGGCUGGAAGUGAUUCGGAAAAAGACAAUAAGGGCCGCGGACCUCCUCCAACUGUACUACCCGAACCAGCAAAGCUACCAAAAGGCCUUCAAGAUAUUGUAAAUAAAUCUGAGGCCGAAGACAACUUCUAUGACGAGCUAUAUGAAGGAAGGCAUGUUGAAAUCACAUUCAGGCCCAUUGUUUGGAGCUCCGCUAAUAAUUCACCUUUCUAGUGCUCCCCAAACUACAGAAAGCAGCAUAAGAUAUGCUGCUUAUGCAACACGCAUCCGAACCGCUCUGCUUUCUGCACAAAGAUACGUCGCGUAUACUAGUGAUAUUGGAGAGUCAUUUCGCCCAGUAGCACACCCCAAUCUUGUUCGAUCAGCUUAUGGAGUCUCUUGGGCGUAUAUUGCGGGAGACGUAGCGCAUGAAGGCUACAAGGCAUAUUGCAGCAACCAACGAAUUCUUCAUCCCGAGUUACCUCGUGUGGCUGCUCCAGAGAAAUACAACGAUGCUAAGUCAACAAUUGAUCCAGUAGCUGGAGAACCACCUGUUCCCGGGAAAGUCCCGGCCUUGAGCGACUGGCGAACGGUUGCGCUGCAGAGAGGAGUCUUCCAGUCGAUAGCGUCCAUGGGUCUGGUAAGUUUGGACUUUAAUCAUAGCUAACCCUAAUUGAACGACUAACACAAUUCCCAGCCAGCUUUCACAAUCCACUCGAUCGUCCGUUACUCUGGACGUGCUCUGAAGGACAACAAAAGUAUGAGAAUUCGGACGUAUGGUCCUAUCGGGCUUGGCCUAGCAGCUGUUCCGGCUCUACCGUACCUAUUCGACAAGCCUGUCGAAGAAGCUGUUGAAUGGGUUUUCCACAAGGGCUUCGAGACUUUUGGUGGAAAGGAAGCUGUUGGAGACCUGCCAGCAGUUGGAAGAGAAAAAAUGCUGGAAAAGGAUAACAUGAAAGCUACAAAAGAGAAGGAGUUGUAA